GAUCAGCGUGUAGAUACGAGUAUGUAAAGGGCUGAACAUUCUUCUCAUGUAAAAAGUAUUUGUUCGAUACCCUGUGUCACAGACUCGGCACCCAUUGACUCGUAGACUUGAGAAGUCGGGCCUGCUAUAAAUUACAGAGCUAUACUGAGAAUAUACACAUUAAAACAUAAACUGCUGAGUGCUCAUAUCAAAACACUAAACAGUAUUAUGAAGGCCUUAUUUCUUUUUCUUGCUGUUUUAGUGUUCUUUUCUUGGGGGUUAAAACCGCUAGAGUCUACCACAUUGAAAUUCAAUACCAGCGACACUAAUCACACUAUUAUGCAGGCUAAAGUCAUUACAAUUCACCCGGAAUGUCAGAGGAAAUGUGGUGACCUAGUCGUACCAUAUCCGUUUGGCAUCAAUUCAGAAAGUCUCAACUGUUCCAUAAAUCCGUCAUUUGCUAUUACCUGCAACAGUUCUACCAAGCCUCCGAAGGCCUUCUUAAUGAAUGGUAACGUUCAGGUUUAUGAUAUAUCCAACACUGAGUUGCGGAUUUCUAAUUAUUUGGCUUUUAGGUGCUAUGAUAAGUUUGGCAAUCUAACCAGCGACGAAUAUUCCUACAUUAGUCUGGGAGAAACUUCAUUUACGUAUUCUGCUGCAAAUGUAUUCACUGUUGUUGGUUGUGAUGACUUAGCUAACAUAUAUAAUGCUCCGGCUGGCACUUUGCCUAAAGGAUGCAGUACAACAUGCCAAAACAUAAACGAAGUCACUGAAAACGAGACUUGUUCCGGCAGUGGCUGUUGUCAAGUACCCAUCAAUGUUGUGCAGUACUUCCGAGCCUAUCUCCACAGCUAUAAUGACCAUACAAAUGUCUCAUCCUUCAAUAGAUGCGGGUUUGCAUUCAUGGGCGAGAAAGGUAGCUUCACUUUUCGAGGUAAAUCAGAUCUUGCUGAUCCAGUUGCCUUCUGGAAUAGGACUCGGCAAAGUGUUCCCAUAGUACUAGAUUGGGUAAUUGGGAAUAAAAGUUGCACCGAAGCAGCUCACUUGAAGUCUUCUGUUUGCAAAUACCCAAAUAGCUACUGCAUCGACGGAAUUCUGGCCAGAGGAUAUAAAGGAUAUCAGUGUAAAUGCAAUGAAGGUUAUGAGGGCAAUCCAUAUCUCAGUUCAGGUUGCCAAGAUAUCAAUGAAUGUGAACGAGAUCAUGAUUGCGAACAACUCUGUAUCAAUACCAAUGGAACUUAUAGUUGCUCUUGCGAACAUGGGCACUAUACUGACCCUAGUGAUCUGAAGAGAUGCAUUGCUAAAAGCUCCAAGCCCCAACUGAUCAUAUUUGUAAUAGGAACGGCAAUUGCUUGCAUUUUGGUGAUUACUGGAAUGAAUUGGUUGUAUUGCAUCAUGCAUAAGAGAAAACAAUCCCAACUGCGAGAGAAAUUGUUUCACCAGAAUGGCGGUCUCUUGUUAAAACAGCAAAGUAUCUCCGAGGGUGGUAGUGUUGAGUCAACAAAACAUUUUACUUAUGAAGAACUGAAGAAAGCAACUAACAACUAUGCUGCUGAUAGAAUAGUUGGGCAAGGUGGUUAUGGUAUAGUUUACAAAGGAAUUUUACCUGAUCAACGUGUCGUUGCAGUCAAAAGGUCAAAAGUAUUGGAUCCAAGUCAAAUAGAUCAAUUUAUCAAUGAGGUGGUAGUUCUUGCACAAGUUAACCACAGAAAUGUGGUCAAACUUCUAGGAUGUUGUUUAGAAUGUGAGGUACCAUUGUUGGUAUAUGAGUUUAUAUCCAAUGGCACUUUAUUCCAUCAUGUCCACAGUACUGACGGAGGCUUGUCAUGGUUAUCUUUAGACAAUCGGUUGAGAGUUGCUGCUGAAUCUGCUGGUGCCCUUGCGUAUCUUCAUUCAGAAGCUUCUAUGCCCAUUAUGCAUAGAGAUGUCAAAUUAGCCAACAUAUUACUUGAUGACAAUUAUGUUGCUAAAAUAUCUGAUUUCGGAGCCUCCAGGCUGGUACCCAUGGAUCAAACUAAAGUGAUCACAUUAGUCCAAGGAACUUUAGGAUACUUGGACCCCGAAUACUUUCAUACAGGUGAACUAACCGACAAAAGUGACGUUUAUAGUUUUGGAGUAGUCCUUGCAGAGCUCUUAACAGGAAGACAACCAAUUUGCAUGGAAAAUUCUGUGGAAGAAAAAAAUUUAGCCACAUAUUUCAUUUCAUCCCUCAAGGAGAAGAAAUUAUUUCAAGUUCUGGAUCGUCGAGUAGUGAGAGAAGGGUCGAUGGAUCAACUUCAAAACGCUGCUCAACUUGUGAAACGGUGCCUUAACCUUAAUGGCGAGGAAAGACCAGCUAUGAAGGAUGUGGUGACGGAAAUAGAGAGUCUGAGGAAAUUCAGCAAACAUCCUUGGGCUAAUCGACAUGGCACUGAGGAAACUACAAGCUUGAUAGUUCAUACAGAGAUUCAGCAUUCAGACCUCUAUGAAAUUCAGCUAAGUUCUCAUGAUGGGAAUAACUCUGAACAGUAUAGCUCAAGUACUACUGUUAGUUUGUUGCACCAGCCAAGCAGCCCUCGUUGAGAUAUAUCUUGAACUCCAUGAUUUGUUCAUAAUACAUGCAUGUGUAUUCUAAAAUUUCAUUUCCAUGUCUAGUUACCGGUUUGUUACACGGUUCAUUUCUAUCUAGUUAUGCAUACAUAUUCGAUAAA